GCGACAGCUCGCGCUGUGUUCGCCUGGAACGCCAUCUUAAACAGAAAGGGGGUUUAAACCGGGACAGCACGGGGAAGGGAGCCAAAGGACACCCCCUUUUGCAUUCUCCCAUUUCACUCGACUCUUGGAUAUCUGUGGACUAUGACAGACUAGAGCGUUGUGUUCACAUAGCGCUGAACAGCGGGGCUCAGAAGUGGAUUCGGAAGGGAACUCGUUAGCUUGUAGCUAGCUAACAAGGGGGAGGGGCGGGGGGUUGAAAGUGCUUCUCCCCCCCCCAAGUAGUUUGUUUAUGUUGUUUCUUUCGGAUAUGUCCUCGUCCAGCCAAGACCCACCAGAUCCUAAUCUGGGUAUGGGAGCAACUGGUACCCAAGCAAGUGGCGUGGCUGUUGUACCAAAGGGGACCAACAAAAGACGAGCUGCCCCGGACUUUGAUGAUGAUGAAGGAAACAAGUUGUUCAGAUGUGAUGAUGAAAGUGGAGGUUCGAAUAAUGACAAAGAGCGAUUUGCCAGGGAGAACCACAGUGAGAUAGAGAGACGGCGGAGAAACAAAAUGACUGCAUACAUUACAGAACUAUCAGAUAUGGUGCCUACUUGUAGUGCACUGGCACGAAAACCAGACAAACUAACCAUUCUGCGAAUGGCUGUUUCGCAUAUGAAGUCUCUGAGAGGAAGUGGAAUCCCGACUGUUGAUGGCUCAUACAAACCCUCCUUCCUAACAGAUCAGGAGCUGAAACAUCUCAUCCUGGAAGCGGCUGAUGGCUUCCUGUUUGUCGUGUCUUGUGAGACCGGUCGCAUCGUUUAUGUCUCAGACUCUCUGAUUCCUGUGCUGAACCAGUCUCAGUCCGAUUGGCUGGGUUCUUCCCUUUACGAUCAGCUUCAUCCGGAUGACACAGAAAAGUUAAGAGAACAGCUCUCAACUGCAGAGAACAACAGCACAGGGAGAAUGUUGGACCUGAAGACGGGAACAGUGAAGAAGGAAAGCCAGCAAUCCUCAGCCAGAAUGACAAUGGGUGCUCGGCGAUCUUUCAUCUGCAGAAUGAGGUGUGGUUCAUGUCCUGUGGAACCUUUGUCCAUGAACAGACUGAACUUUCUAAGAAACAGGAACAGAAACGGAUUGGGAGUGGCAAAGGAAGGGGAGCCCCAGUAUGUAGUGGUCCACUGUACAGGAUACAUAAAGUCUUGGCCGCCUGCAGGAGUGUCGCUGUCAGAAAGUGAAGCAGAAAACACUCAGGGGAGUCGCUACUGUCUAGUUGCCAUUGGAAGAUUGCAGGUGACAUGUUGCCCUGGUGAUACAGACAUAAACAGCAUCAGUGUCCCAGUGGAAUUCAUCUCACGCCAUAAUUGCCAGGGUAUCUUCACUUUUGUUGAUCAUCGCUGUGUUGCUGCUGUUAGCUACCAGCCUCAGGAACUGCUGGGCAAGAAUAUUCUUGAACUUGCUCAUCCAGAAGACCAAGGUUUAUUGCGAGACAGCUUCCAACAGGUGGUGAAGCUGAAAGGCCAGGUUCUGUCUGUGAUGUUCCGCUUCCGCUCCAAAUCAAAGGAAUGGAUUUGGAUGAGAACAAGCUCUUUCACAUUCCAGAACCCAUUUUCAGAAGAGAUUGAAUACAUCAUUUGCACCAAUGUUAAUGUCAAAAACUCCACUCCGGACAGCCUCACUCCCAUCUCCUCACCAGGGGGUUCACUUCCUUCCUCUCUGAGUCAGAGCAGUCCAAUUGGCCCUCCUGUGGUGCUGAGCCCAGGGCAAGGGCCUCCAAGGCAAUUGCAGCAGCAACAGCAGCAGGCAGAGCUGGAAGGAACUGGGGCGAGAGACGGACACUAUGAGCCAGGACCAAUCUCCCUGCCACAGAUGCCAGUGCAGCCAAUUCAAGCGGUUGUGCAGGACCACAGCAAGAAUCUGGAAAAAAACGACAUCUAUCCGCCUCUCUUCCAAGGCCCUGACCAGACGAAGGUGAUACCUUCCACAUCCACCCCCUCUGCCCAGAUCUAUCCUCACGCCAACAACUUCACAGCCGGACGCUCCACUGAUGUAUAUAGGCCACUUGGCAUGCCACAGAUGACACAGCAAACCCACUCAGCAGGGCAGAUGCUUUCUCAGAUGUCGCGCCAGAAUGGAACUCCUCUGUCGGGAGCUCCCACCAAUACCAACAGUCCCCUUCAUGGAGUGUCAUCCGGGGGUUGGGCAGGUCCUGGAGCAGUACAAGGAAGUCGCCAACAGUUCACUAAUCAGGUUCCUCCUCAGGCUGCAAAGAGCAUGUCACCACAGUUUCCAAACAUGGGGGGCUUCGGAGGUGGUUCUUCCAAUUCUUUUGCCCAGAUGCCUACAGGUGCUGCACCCAGCCAGACUGCCGGUGCAAACUAUCCUCCCAUGAACACUCGUGCCACUCUCAACACCAAUGGUUAUGAUGGUUCUCACUCUGGCGCUCAGUUCCCUUCUCGUGCAGCAGAGGCAGUGUGGCCUCCGUGGCAGGGACAGCAGCACCCACAGAACAACGCAGAACAGCAUCCACACGCUCAGGGCAACCAGCAAGAUAUGUUCCCUGACGUUUUGUCUAUGCUGGACCAGCCUUCUAAUUUUAACAGCGAUGACUUUGAGAUUCCCAUCUACCCUUCGUUCAACGAGUAACUUUCCAGGCCAGGCCUUCCCUGAGAGUUUCACUGUUCUGCUCCAGUUCAAUCACUUUUUCCUGCUCGGAGAGUGGCACUCUUCCUUUGCUUUGCACGGCUUAACUCGCACUGCCAUACACUGAGAAGGAAGCACUUCUGUUUCGACUUUCUUCUGACUCAAAAGACUAUUCCAGACGUUGUGAAGACAAAUCACUAGCUAGCACUACCCAAAGUUUAGAACGCAGAGCCACAAUCAAAUGGACCUCACAGAAACAAUGUAAAAACAAUCUUAGGAAGUGGACCUAAUCACACAGAAAGAGAAAAAGGCCUUUUAUUUUUGUAUCUUCCUGGUUUCACUCAGGCAUUAUGAUAGCGUAUUUUGUUGUUCUAUUGUGAGCAUGUAGAUGAAUCACUCUUGUUGGUUUAAACUCUCAGGAAAGUUAAUCAGCUGUUGCACGCACAAUACUGUGUCUGUCCUCACUUGGUGUCCUCAUCGUGUCUCUGCAUGCAAGCACUACUUUCACGGAGCGCUUCUACUUUAUGUUGUGAGUCCUGCACACGGUGGCUUCACCUAAAACUUCAAUUGUUGUAUUCGCUCACAAAUGCAAUGUGCAUUCACGUAACUUGCUUUGUCUCUUCUCUGCCAGCCUGCAUCACUGAUUUGUUUCCCUUCCUUUUUGUGGAAGAAAUCAUGCAGCAAUAUUUAACAAGCAGUAAUUGUCUUUUUAAAGCCAUUCUUUCAUUGUUUCUCUAGAUAUUUUUAAAUGCAAAUGCUCAAUAAUGAGGAUUGAUUGAUUUAUUAUGUUUCCCAUGUGUUGUGAUUCCCCCUCCCUCCCCCACACAGAUGCUCUUUUAACUUGUGGGUCUGUGUUUUAUGAACUGGUUUGAUCAGGGUAUUAAGGAUGAAAAUGGAAAUAGGUCAGACUGAAUCCAUUUGAAAAAGAAUGUUUAAACAAUGUGGAGAAUGAUUACAUUUAAGCGUUCUUGUCAGCAAUAUACUUUGUAUCAUAGGAAAUCUCAACUUUGAGGAAUGGAAGAUUUCUCAAAUGUUGGCUUUAGUUUCACUGCCGCCCUUUUUUGAUUCAUACUCAAGUCGUCUUGUGAUAAAUGUAUACUUUUCCAAUUUUUACAAAUGGUAUCUCAGUGGUUGUGUCGAUUAGUGUUGGAAAACCUCUGGUUGCUCUCGAUCCAGGUUUUUUUUAAGAUGUGAACUUUUAUCACUCAGUAAAACACAAAUAUAUUAAGAUACUGUA